UUCGUGGAGAUUUCCGAGAACAUUUUUUUUUUAACGCUUUGCAUUUUGGGAUUCAACAAUGACGGCUAAGUCUACUGUUUUUGUUUAUGUUUUGACAAAAUAAGAUGUCUGGUUAUCCAAUGCCAUUUUUAUCAGACAAUCGAGGAUGCUUUUGCUGUGAACCAUCUAUGUCAUCAGUAUCCUACGGAAAUAAUGCUGCACGGUCUUCUAAUGUUUCAGAGGCAGUAGAUAGUUUGCAAUCCCAUUUUAGAAAUAAUCCUAUUUCAGCAUUAACUCCAGGCUUUCAGAAAAUUCAGCUACAUGACCAGUGUUCUAGUCAGCUCUUAUCAGGGAAUUGUAUCUCUGCUGGUCAUGUUUUGAAUCUAGAAAAUCAUGAAGAUAUAAACAUGUUUAUACCAGCAAGCAGUUUUUGUGAUAGUAAAGACUUAAGUAAUCAAAGUAGCCCAGUUUACUUUCGCUUGUUACAAAACAGAGAGUUGAGUGGAAGAGCAGCAGUAAAUAUGUAUGAUGAAAUUAAACCACUGAUGUCAAAUUCAACACAGUCAGAGUCAGCAGAUUAUAAUACAAAAAAUUCUCAAGCAUUAGAAGGAAGUUGUGUAAAUGUUUCAGAUUCUAUGGAUUUGGACAGUGCACUAGAUGAACUAGGAAUGCUCAGUACUGUCACAAACAGUAGGAAGCAGUUUUUAAUUGAAUCUCGAGGACAAGUAGCAGUCAGAAAAAGAGAACAACGACUUCGUUCAAAAAGUGAAAGCUCUCCUAAUCUCACUAAUUUAGGAAGACCAAAUGGUUAUCGAAUAGUUCAGUUAGAUCCCAAUUUUGUUACAAGUGUUUCCGAUUUAGUGUUAGCUCCUGAUCAAAUUCCUAGUAAUAUGAGUGAAGAUUCUCCACAAAAGUCACAUUUUUCUCUUCUUGAGUAUAGGAAUCCUGAGGUUUUAGAAAAUGCUGUUGUGAGACGAAGAUCUGUUCCCAGAAUGUCCCGCAUGCGUAAAGAUCGCUAUCGUAGAUCAAGAUGCCCAUAUAAAAUUCCUAACAGACUUUGUAACUCCAUGCAGGAAUCAGAUUUUGGUUGUGAGUAUUUUGAUACCUGUGCCAGCCCUUUUGCCUCUCCAAAUUCUGCCCCAGCUUCAUUUGGCGAUGCCCAGUCCAACAGACUAACACACGUCACACAGUCCAAAUCAAAUACAGCUUCUCCUGUCAAACCCAGCCAAGAGUUGCGACUCAUUCGCUCUCUCUCUGCAGAAGACUUAAUGCCUAUUAGGCGGCGGCUUGAGCAAGAGCUUAAUGAUCAGGCUAAAGAGCAUUCUAGAACAGAGCAAUGUCUUGACUUGAUGACAUCGCAGAUGACAAACCUUCACAUGACAUAAAUAUUUUAUUUACACAAUUUUUGUAUACAUUUUAGUAAAAUAAAUUGUUAGCUGCUUUUUAAGGCUAAUCCACAAUAAUUUUAAUUGUGUAUAAAUAUAAUUUUAAAAAUAAUUUUUUAAAUGUAUUUCUUUUUUAUUAGUCCAUAUUCUAGCUAUAUGUAUUAAAUUAGUCAUUUACAUCAAGUCAGGUUUUAAAUGCUGAACAAAUCAAAACAUAAGAAAGUAGCAUUUUAAAAUUAUCAAUUUAAAUAUUUUUUCCUCAACAUUGAUAUUUUAAGAAAUCUUUCAUUACACUUCAUUUGUGAUAUGAAAUUUCCUUGCUUGAUUUUACAUUCAACAUGAAAUGAAUUUAUUUAAGAAUAAUAUAUUUUGUACCAAGCAUAAAAGAAAUAUCCUUGUUGGUAGAUACAGUUGAAUCUUAACUUUAUUAAUCUAAGUAAGGUUAAUUACAUUGGAUAUUUGUUUUGUUUAUAGAAGCAUUUAUUUAAAAAGUAAUAUAAUUUUAAAUAAAUUUAAUUCUAGAAAAAUGGAAACAGUUUAAGUAUUUUAUUGUAAGUCUAAUUACUUUUUGGUGAUAUAGCAAAAUGAUAUAAAUAUUUGUAUAUUGUUUAUCUUUCUGUUAAUUUUGUGUCAUGGUUACCUGUGGUAGACAGUUUUACAAUGUUACAGCAAAGGAUUUUUUUAAAAGUUUGGCUUGAAAACUCUGAUAAGUAUUUAAUUUAAAUAAUUAUAACAAAUUAGUAGCACUUAGUGAGAGGGUUAUACAUUCCAUUUAGUAGAAAGGAUUGAUGGUUUUUUCAGAUUAAUUGUAGUUACUUUUAUUUUUAAAUUUAUGUUUGCAAGUUAAUAGAUUAUUUGAAUUCAGAGUAUUAAGUUAGAGUUGACUUUUUUGUAAUUGAAUCAUGUUUUAGUCUUGAUACUGAAACAAGGUAGUAGGAAAAUUUAAUCAUAGAACUAGACUGGGAAUACAUUUAUAUCUUGUUUCAAGGAUUUUGUGAGUUCUGAUGUCAUCUUGCUUACAACACAGUGGCUCAGGUAGAUGACCAGGUUCAUAUGACUAAUCUGCUAUUUGAGCUCUUUGUGUACUCAUUUUCUUUCCUUAGUUUUCAUAGCAAUUGUUGAAACAAGAUAAUAAACAGUAACUGUUAUGUAAAAUCCUGCUAGCAUUGUCAUGUUCUUAGAUGUUACAUACUAACACUUGUAUGAAUUGUUCUUCUUGAAUAAAUGGCUACCAGUAGUCUUUAUUUAAAUUUGCGGUCAUCAUAUCUAUAUAUUAGUAUUUCAAAAGCUAGAACAGCAUUGUAGAUGAAUUUCUUGUACUUCUAGUCUGAUUUCAUUAUUGACUGAUUGGGCUAAAUGUUUGAGCUGUUAAUAUUUCCGUAUGGUGUUUCAACUAAAUAUAAGGCUUGAUAUUUUUUGGUGACAACAAAUGAACAUAUCCUUUUUGUGGAGUUUUUCAAAAAGAAUUUAGAAUAUUACAAAAUGUAUGUAUCAUUUAAUGCAUCUGCUUGUCUUUUUGUAAAGAAUAAAUCAAAUGGUAGUGGAUUACUGUAGCUACUUUCUAAAAACUUCCACCCUUCUAAAUUAUUGGGGACUAAAGUUGUUCUCUUAAAUUUUGCAUAUAUCUUGGAGUGUGGAAAAGAACAAUCUGUAAAUUAAGAUUUAUUUGUAAUGAAAACAGUUUUGACUGCUGUCUAAAUUUCCUCUAAUCAAAAUAUAAGUGGUUUAAUUACAUUUUGAAUGCAGUUGAUUGUGCAGGGGGUUUAAUUAAAUUUAAAGAUUUAGUACUCUUUUUAGAUAUUUUAUACAAUGCAGACUAAGAUUAUUUUUUAAAGUUAAAUUUUGUAUUCUUACUCAGUUUUAGUGUAUUUUUAUUAGAAUUAAGUAUGUUAAGGUCUCUUGAUCAGCUGACCUAUUAGAAGCUUCCAUUUGAUCUCAUUUAUGGUAACUGAGCAUUAAAUAGAAUUGUACAAUAAAAGUAGUGCCUUUUACUUCAAAUUAGUGCCAAGAUGAAUUUCAUUUUUAGCUGUCCUAAAAUUUGUGUUGUCUACUUAUUGUUCUUUUUUACACCAUUGUAUUAAAUGUAAUAAAAAGUAAUGAUGUUGAAUUUACUGUUUCCCGCCACCACAUAAGAACUUACUUUAAAUUCAUAGAAAAUUAACUUCACCCAUACAAUUAAAAACGAUUGAUGAACUAUUUUUUUAUGUACACCAUUACUAGGGAAUAGUGUGUCAAUCUGUAAAGCAAAUUUGUUAACAGAAAAUUCUUUUGAGUUUUUUUUUUUUUUUUUUUGGACUUUUACUAUGUAAGUAUAACCAAGCUCUGAUGAACUAAAAUUUGAUCUGAUUAAGUUGUCUUUCCAUCAUCUCCUUUUUUUUAAAUGUUUGUAUACAAUGCAGCUGAAACAUUUCUCUUAUCUGUUUGGGACUAUUUGAAGUUUUAGGCACUACUUGAUUGACCAAUUACUAACUUAAAAUAAUUAGCAGUGGCUAUUUACUUAAAGCAUUUUAGUCAUCUCUUAUGAUCUAUGAAGUGUUUGAUUUUAUUUCAGUUUUAAAAAAGAGGUUACUGUUGUUGCUUAUUAUAGUUAAAGUUUAUACAUUUAAAACUAUAAAAUCCAAAAACAAAAUAUUGUUCAUUUUAGAGAGUUGAAAAGUGUAAAAAAUUAUUUUUAAUGUUUUGUUUUUAACUUUCUCAUGUUUUAUAACUUACUAAUGUAAGGUUUGAAAAGGUUGUUAAGGUGUGUUACUUUGUAAUUUAUUGUUGAAUGCUAAUAUUUUUAAAACGUUGGUUUUGAAUUUCUGUGUGGAUUUAACUGUCUGUUGGUAAUGUUUAUUAUAUUCCAUUUAAUAAUGCAUUUCAUCACAUUUACUAUGCUCUAAAUUUACGUUAGACUUACUUCUGUUUGUUAAUUUCAAAUUGAAAUAACCUAAUUGUGUAUUAAUUCAAUUGUAAAAAUUUAUUGUUUUGAGCCAGAGGUUAGCUUCUAAAUUAAAAAAAAAAUGAUAUUCCACCACUAAAAACACAAGAUAUGUUAAAUCUUAAAUCAGUAUCUUACUUAAAAGGACAGAAACCACAUUAAAAUAUUUAUUUGUUGUUAUUUAACUAACAAAAUAGUGGUCAUGAACAAGUUAAUUUAAUAAAUAAAAGACAUACCAAUGUA